CCUGACCUUGUGCAGGUGACUUCAAGCACAGCCGCAGUGCUAUCCUCAUGUUCCAUCCAGGCAGGUUUGGGGCCUUGAGUAUCUCGCGACCUUCCUUCCAGGUUGAUGAUUAUCGUCCCUCUGAGAAGCCUUCUAGGACCUCCUACCGCGGUCUUGUUCUGUCAGCAGUAGGGUGUGGCCUUCUGGACGGGCCGCUAGACUUCCAGGUUGGUUACGACAACAGCCAACAGCCCCCCUCCAGGUUUCAAUUCUGGUUGUUCAAGGACAGGAAUAGACCUAGUGUCCGCGCUGAGCUCAGGAGUGUAACUCGUAGAGUACCCCUCCCAGUCUACGUCCUGCCUCACAUUACAAAAGAGGAGUUCCUGAGGGUACUGGAGAAGCUGACACCCCCUGUCCAGCUCGUAGAGGGGAUUUCCGCCGUUAUCGGAAGAACCUUCGAAGCCCGUGCAGAGAGCAUCCCGAGAUCUCGCGUGACCUCGACUUCCAGUCCUGUCCUGCCGGCUGGACAAUUGAUGAUGCAUAUUGGCCCGUGGAGGCUGCUAGCACUCCGGAAACCAUGGAUCGGCGACAGCUUGGCAAUGUUGCGUUCCCUCAAGAAGAGCGCCUGCCUUAGAGCCUGGAGAGCGCAACAGCGAACGCACUUCUGGAUGAUGCUCCUGCCCUAUGCGUCAGGGGGACCAAACGCCCCAGACCAACCGAGGACCGCAGCGGCCUCGGGACAUCAAAAUGAACCAAUCUGGACCGUCAAAGUCGGGAAGUCUCUCAUCUGA